GCAGCGGGAAGUCGACUUGUCAACAAACGCCUGCCAAAUGAACCAGAGCAUCAACAAUAAACAAUGGUUAAACAGUUUUAGGAAUGAAUUGAAGCUAUGUGAAACGUACAUACAGUGUGCUGGAGAUCCUAAACGAAAACAAAAUGAUGUUCGCUGUUUAAGCAAGUUACUGUGAACGUUUCAGUUAGCUGAAACAUUUAGCAUUUAGAUAGCUAAGCUAGCUGCAACGCUAAAAAUAUCAACAGGUACCAAACGCUUCUUUAGCUAACCUCUGUCUGCGUGAGAAUAACAUGUUAACAAUGUCUUCCAGAGCGUGGCAGCAUCCGUAUGUAAACGUGUUCAAGCACGUGAAAUUGGAAGAAUGGAAAAAAGCCAACAAAGAAGGCGAUGUUACGACCUACAUGGUGAAUGCUGCUAUAUACCCACUGUGUACAUGAUAAGAUGCUCAAGUGUUCCGUGUUUCGUAUCCGGGGUUCCAUUCCAGCCAGCAACUUCAUCCUGCUGCCCAAAACUAGCAGCCAAUCGCUGGGCCUCACGGGCCGUUAUUUUUACCUACUGUUCAGACCCACACCCAAUAAACACUUCGUGGUGCAUCUGGACGUCGCAGCUGAGGAGGGUCAGGUGAUCCGUGUGUCCUUCUCCAACUUAUUCAAAGAAUUUAAGUCCACGGCAACAUGGCUGCAGUUCCCCCUCCUCUGUGGAGCUGCGUCUGGCUCAGUGUACGAGAGCACAGCUAAGACCGCCAAAGACGGGUUGGUGGGUCCAACACCAGCCUCUGUGCGCUGGACGUGUCUAGUGAUGGACCUGCGAUAUGUGCUUUCCAUCUACCUGAACAGAACACACAGCCACCUGAAGAGCAUCAGACUCUGUGCCAAUAUGGUCACUAAAAACGUCAUCACCAGUGACCUUCUGCUUGACCCAGGUCUGUCAUUUUCCGAGUUCCGGCAGGCUGGCAUGGUUUUGUCAGAGGGCACUGCUCCCAUGCCCAGAGAGAUGUGUUUCCCUGUGCCAAAGGGCAGCAGCUGGCAUGAUCUCUACGACUACAUCAGGUUUCCCUCAGAUGGUACAAAGAUGCCAUUUGACUCCAUACAGAAAGGACUCAACAAUCCACCUCCAAAGGAGCUUGGAGCUAGCGAGGGGCUUUAUCGAGAGGAGAGUCGCUGUGUGAGCAUCAGCAAGAAUGUGCAGGACCGUGUUUCCCUCAUCCAGCAAAUCACCACACCCAAACCUCGUGCUAGACAACACGCGCUGCUCCUCACCUCCAGUCUGCCAGAGCUGACCUCCAUGCCCUUCAAAAACAGCAACAGUCCAAGGUUGGCAGGUCUUGGGUCACAGGGUCAAGAGGAGGACAACAGUGUCACGCGUGAUGACGGAGAUGGCGUGCAUGUGUUUGCUCACUGCAACAGUGAGGAUGAUGUCACCGCAGGCUCCACAGACAAUGAGGAAGUGGCAGUGGUUAAUGCAGCUGUUCCUCAACCUCUUCAUCUGGCUUCUACCAAACCUGCAAAACAGCGAUAUAAGCUACACCCUGACCCCAUACUCAAGUUGAACAAGAUCAUUGGCUUUGGUGGGGCCACAAUGAGAUGUGCUGCAUGGGCCCAUGAUGGGGAGGAGGUGGUGUAUCCAUGUCAUGCCAUCAUUGUCAGCAUGAAGGUCUUGUCUGGUCACCAGCGAUUUUUCAUUGGCCACACAGACAAAGUCUCUGCACUGGCACUGAACACAAAAUCGUCUCUCUUGGCCUCUGCUCAAACAGGCACACACUGUGUGGUUCGGCUCUGGAGCUACAGCAAAGGGCAGUGUCUAACUAUGAUCAAAACACACACACACUCUCUCCACUCCCUCAGUUUUUCCUACAGUGGAGGAGUUCUAUGUGGAGUGGGGAAAGACACACACAACAGAACUAUGGUUGUGGUUUGGAAUACACAGCAUGUCCCUAAAGGCGGUGUGGCCUCAGUCAUAGCUAAAGCUCACACAGAUGUUGACAUUCAGACCAUGAAGAUUGCCUUUUUUGACGACACACGAAUGGUGUCAUGUGGCAUGGGUAACGUGCGUUUGUGGCGCGUCCGAGGGAGCUCCCUCCGGUCCUGCCCUGUUAACCUGGGAGAGUACCACAGCUUGGAGUUCACCGACCUCGACUUUGAGCAGGGUCACACACCUGACCGGCCGCCAGACGACCGUGCGCUGUUUGCCAGCAGUAGGAGUGGCCACAUCCUGGACAUUGACUAUGUUUCCGUUGCAAUCAAGAAUGUCAGGAGGCUCCUCCCAGCUCAGCAGAGCCAUGCCCACCGCAGAGAGAAGCAGACUUUCAACACAGGUCCAGGCAUUGCGGUGAACAGUAUUAGUGUGUGUGGUGCAUUCUGUGCUACAGGUUCAGAGGACGGUUUCUUGCGUCUCUGGCCUCUCGACUUCUCCUCUGUCUUUCUGGAGGCGGAACACGAAGGUCCACUUAGUCUAGUGCAUGUUUCCUCUGAUGGUCUGAGUGUCCUUGCGGCCACCAGCACAGGUAACCUUGGCUACCUGGAUGUCAGUAGUCGUGGUUACCGCACACUGAUGAGGUCCCACACUGCGACAGUGUUGGGCUUCAGCGUGGAUGGAGUCCAAAGGCAGAUCACCACGGCAUCCAAAGACUGCACAGUCCGGGUGUGGGCCAUGGACUCAGCACAGCAGCUGUAUGACUUUGUGUCUGAGGAGGAUAAUGAUGCUCCAUGCUCUGUGGCGUUCCAUCCCAGCCUGCCUGUCUUUGCCUGUGGCUCCAACUCUGGAGCUGUCAGAGUGUUUGACAUUCCCACAUCCAGCUUACAGGCACAGCACAGACAGCAUCGAGGGCCUGUGGUGGGUGUGCUGUUUUCCCCUGAUGGUAACCACCUCUAUAGUGCCUGCUCACUCGGACACCUGGCUCUCUACAGCACCAAGCAGCCUGACUACCACAUCCUCCGCGUGCUAGGUAAUGUAGUUGCACGUGGCAUGGAUCGGGGACCAGGCGCUCUGGCUGUGAGCUCAGACAGUCGCCACCUUGCUUUUGUCGGUCCAACGGAAUACACUGUAACCAUCAUGGAUGCCCACUCACUUGAUGAAUUACUGCGUAUCGAUGUGAGUGUGUUAGAUGUUGAGAGCACCACGCUGGACUCAGCACUGCGAGUUUGUUUCUCCCCAUCUGCUCAACUGCUUGUCACCACAUCGGCCAAUAAAAUCCUCUGGAUCAACAGUAGCACUGGCCGGUUGCUGAGGGAGGUAUCCAAGGUACAUAAACACCAGUGUUCGUCUCUGGCUGUCAGUAAGGAUGGCCGUUACCUACUCACUGCCGGACACACCACAGUGAAAGUCUGGGACUACAACAUGAAACUGGACAUUAAUUCACAGGUGUUCAUUGGUCACUCUGAGCCCAUCACACAAGUGAUCUUUACACCUGACCAGAUGGGUGUGGUUUCAGUGGGUGAUGCUGUCUUCUUCUGGGACUUUUUGGCCCACCCACAGGAAAUGUCAGGCUGCAGGUCCCCAACUGCUGUCCUCUCUCCUCCUAGACCAUGUAAGGGUCGGAUGGACUCUCUUCCUGAGACAGGCCCAAGGCAGUCCAAGUGUCAACAGUCCAAGACAGAGUUUAAUGGAAUUUUAUCCAAUGGGGAGCCUCGGCUGGCAGUACCCCGCCCCUUUUCUUCUCCUCCCGUUCUGGAUGUGAGUGCCGCAUGGAAGGCAGGACAUGGAGAUUCAUCUUUUGCGUCGCUUUCCAGUGACAUAGAGGAGUUGCAGCCUGGCCCCAUCCACUCACAUGACCCCGCCCACUCCAGUGACCCCACCUGCUAUCCUGCUCCCAGACAUGCCUCCUUCCUACGGAUUAUUGAAAGGACUGAGGGUGUAAACUCAAUCAGUUUUCAGUUAGCCAAUCAGGUCACAGCACAGGAAAACGGAGACGAUUCAAAGCCAAUCCGACCUGACUGUUACAAACACUUCAAACCUUGCUACAGGACCUCCACACUGGACCAAAGUGCUGUAGCCCCGCCUCCUGGACAGGAGGGUCUGACUCUCAAGGCUGUGGUUGGCUACAAUGGCAAUGGGCGGAGUAACAUGGCCUGGAAUCCUGACACAGGACUGUUUGUAUACUCCUGUGGAUGUGUGGUGGUAGUAGAGAAUCUUCAAACUGGUUCUCAGAGACACUGGCUUGGCCACACAGAGGAGAUCUCAACCCUCGCUGUCACCCAUGACGCUCAGAUGGUGGCUUCUGCAUCAGGAGGUGGGGCCUCAUCCAAGAGCCUCAUUUGCAUAUGGAAUGUUCAGGACGGUUCCCAUAGAAAUAGCAUUUCUUACCAUAAGGGAUCAGUACAGAGUCUGGCUUUCUCCCGAGACGACCUCUACUUCCUUUCCGUAGGUGACUGCCAGGAGCCAGGGGUGGCGCUGUGGAGCACAUGCUCGUUCGAACUUCUUUGUACGGUGAACGCACACCUACCCCUCCACGAGGCGGCGUUCAGCCCCAGCAGCACCAGCCAGCUGGCAUACGCUGGCAACAAUGCGGUCUUCUUCUGCUGCAUACACACACGUGGGCGCGGGGCAGAGCUACAGGUGAAGGAAGUGGAGUUGCCAUCGGAGAUUGGGGAGGCGGAGGUGACGUGCCUGUGCUACACCCUCAACUCCAUUUUGUUUACGGGAACAAACGGUGGACGCGUGUGUGUGUGGGACUGCAACACACACCGCUGCUUUAUGACCUGGGAGGCUGACGAUGGCGAGAUUGGUGUGAUGUUUUGCCAUGGUAAUAGGUUGGUCACUGGCAGUAACACUAAGAAGUUGAGACUGUGGUCAGUAGCAGCAGUCCAAAAUCUCCGACCUUCAAACAGCGGGACAACUAACCAACAGGGCCGGAACACUCAAGUGUUACUGGAGCAGGAGAUGAUACUGGAUGGGACAGUGGUGAGUGUGGCAUUUGAUGAUGUCCUGGACAUGGGGAUUGUGGGUACGACUGCAGGAACUCUGUGGUACAUCAACUGGCCCGAUAACACUAGUAUACGCCUCAUCAGUGGUCAUAAGAGCAAGGUAAACGGGGUGGUAUGUAGCCCAGAUGAGCAGCACUUUGUCACCUGCGGGCAGGACGGCAGUGUAAGGGUGUGGGCGUUGCCUAACAAUGAGCUUCUGGUGCAGUUCCAGGUGCUCAACCAGAGCUGUGAGUGUGUGUGCUGGGGCCCAAUGUGCGUUGUGGAUGGUGGCAGGGCUGUGGCUGGAGGCUACAGCGACGGCUUUGUGAGGAUCUUCAGCGUGGCACAGGCCCAGAUGAAGCUCCGCCUACAGCCCCAGCGUAGCGCUGUUUGCGCCCUGCAGUACUCAGAGCACGGUCAGGUGUUGCUUUCAGGAGGACGAGAUGGUUGUGUUGUAGUGAGCUGUCCCAUUACAGGAGUAACUUUACGCAUCUUUAAUGACCACAAGGGUGCACCCAUCACCACUAUACAGUGCACUGACAAGCAGUAUAAGGAGUUUGGUCUGGAGGGCAACGAGCUCUGGUUGGCUGUCAGUGUUGAUAGGCGUGUCAGCAUCUGGGCAGCUGACUGGACAAAGGACAAAUGCGAGCUUCUUGAUUGGCUGACAUUUCCUGCUCCAUCACCGCCUGAGGAUGCGGCAAGCUUACCGCCCAGUGUGGCAGCCUUCAGUCCAGAGAGAGGGGUAGUGGUUUAUACUGGCUAUGCUGCCCAGAAGGAACUUACCUUCUACUGUCUGAAAAAGAAACAGGUGUUGAGGACAGUCUCUCUGACAGACUGGGCUCUGUCUCUCAGUCCAUGUGUAAAAGGAAAGCUUCUUGUCACUGGAUCAAACCAGCGUGUGUUGAAACUCAUCGACACAUCCAGUGGUCGUUUCCAGGAUUUCAUGUGGCACAGUGACUCAGUCCAUCUCUGCAGUUUCAGCCCCUCAGGCACACGGUUGUUCACUGCCGCCCACAGUGAGGUCUUCCUGUGGACGUUAGUAGGCCUCUAACACACACAUGCCUUCAGAAGCAUAGGUGUUCAUUGCUUAGAACCCACCAGCCAACUCACAACAACAUAUAAUGACCACUACCUCUGAUGCAUACUGUGCAAAACCUCACAGACCUCCACCAUAUCCCAAGUUUAGUUACUAGCUGAAUUUCUUAAUCAUUUCAAGUAUAUAGGUUCUUUAAGAGUGAUUGUGGUGUUAUUCAAAAGUAGCUUGUUCUGAAAUUGUUUGCUUUUGCAGUUCAGCUCUUCCUUCAGUGCUUUGUCUAAAAUUUGUAGUUUAACUGAUCAAAUGUCAUUUUAUUUUGAUUUUAAUAUAUUUUGUUUAUAAAUAAAUGU